AUGCUUGGAGUGAAGAAGGAAGUCGCCUUAGAAGCCAGCUCGACCACCUGCGCGACCAACUGGUCGAGUUCACCAACUGGACCGGCCAAGACUCAACUCGAUCGAGCUGCUAUUCUAGGAGUCAAAUUCUCGCUAGCGAGCAGAACGAAGCUUCGGAAGUUUGGCCGCGUGCGGAGGAGUUCCCGACGUCCAAAAGUCACGAUCUUGAUAUGGAAAGAUAGAUACUUGAGUCAUGCAUCACGUCGAAGUGGAAUGAAGCCAUUUGGAUCAACCAUAAGGCCGAAACUUAUUUUCUACCGAGACAUGUCCGGUAAGCGAGCAAACGAAGCCCAUGGAGGAUUUGGAGUGUCUAAUGGCCCGAGCAGCGUGCCAAAGGCCUUGAUCGAAAGAGAAGAGGCCUGGCUAAUGUUUGGAGCUUUCUUGGUACAAUGCCGGCCCAUACACGACGUGGAGGAGAAGCCCGGCUCAUGGAAACUUUCCUUUUCCGGCAUGAAGAAAACCCUACUCGACUUCGCCCAUAUAUACAUGUUUUUAGCCGCUGCAGAAGGAGGAUCGAGCGUGUCCAAAACCAUCCAAUAUCACGAGCUAGCUACAACUCAAUACCACAAGGUGUUAAGCGAGAACACUUCCUCCUUGUGUUCGACCCCGACUGCAACGCGGCUGUGCACUUGCAGCUCAACUAGUUGGGUGUAUGCGAACUCGAUCGAGCUCAUCUACAGAGGCUUGGUCGAGUUAGACAUCAACAUAGGCAGAAAACAGAGAAAGAAGAGCCAGAGGCAACAAGUUGAGUCAGAGGUGGUUGUUACUGAUACAAUGAAUGAUCCUGAGGGUAAUGGAAACCCUUUGGGUAAUGGAAAUGGUCGAGCUAGGCAGACGAGACCGAUUGGGCUUGGAGAUGCACCAAACCGCCACCAACAAAGACAAGGGAUUGUCCCUCCUCCUGUCCAGAGCCACAACUUCGAGAUCAAGCUGGGUAUGAUCAAUCUGGUGCAGAACAAGAUGUUCCAUGGGUUGUCUUGUGAAGACCCAAUUGACCAUCUUGAUGAGUUUGAUAGGUUGUGUGAUCUGACCAAGAUCAAUGGUGUCUCUGAAGAUGUCAUCAAGCUGAAACUCUUCCCUAUGUCUCUUGCUGACAAGGCUCACCAAUGGGAGAAGAGCCUGCCCCAUGGUACAACCACCACAUGGGAUGAGUGCAAGAAGGCGUUUCUUGCAAAGUUCUUUUCAACUGGGCGCACAGCCAAGCUAAGGAGUGAGAUCUCAGGCUUCACUCAGAGGAACAAUGAGUCUUUUCUCUCGACACUCUAUAGAGGAUGUUUGCCUAGAUACAGAGAGAUGCUAGACAUAGCCAGGAAUGAAAACUUUCUCAAUCAGGAUGUAGAUGACGGCUGGCACCUUGUGGAGAACAUUGUUAACUCAAAAGGGAGUUAUGGAGAGGAGUAUGACCGCACAAACCGGAGCUUGACCCACCACUCGAGUCAGAUGACAAACUGA